UGCUAGUGUUUGUUGUUCCAAAGUGCAGAAUUAAAACCUUUUGGCAUUGGAGUUGGAACAUUCUGCCUGAGGAUCUAAGAGCAGGUGAAACACAAACUCCAGCUACAGCCGCCUAACCUCCCCAGUGGUGCUGAGAUAAAAUCUACUUUUGGAGAUGGCCGUGGCACCGCGGGCCCUGGUGCUUCUCCUGCCCCUGGAGCUCGCCCUGCUGAGCCUGGCUCCGGCACCCAGCCUGGGAGGAUGCCCGUCGGCUUGCCGGUGCUCUUUCACCAUGCUGCAGUGCCUGGAGCCCAAUGGUAUAACCAGCAUCCCGCUGCUGGUACAGCAAGAGAGCGAGAACGUGACAGAGAUUUACAUUGAGAGCCAAGCAGGCCUGGAGAACAUAACAGAAACUGACCUUGCUUACUACAGAGAGCUGAAGAACCUCACAGUCAUGUCAUGUAAGCUGAGGUUCAUCUCUGCCAAUGCCUUCCAGAACAACCUCAAGCUUCAAUAUGUAAACCUGGCAGCAAACUCUCUGGAACACAUCAGCUGGAGGGUGUUUCAUUUCCUACCUCUGCUCAACCUGGUUUUAAGGGACAAUCCUCUGGUUUGCUCAUGUGACCUACACUGGCUCCAGAUGUGGCAGAGCAAUGAUCGCGGCGACCUGGACAGUCAAAUGUUGUUUUGUUCCUUUUCCAAUGACGAGGAAGUACUGCUCAACUCUGUGGUGAUAGACAACUGCAGUCUGCCUGAAGUGAGGAUUGUGCCCUUACAAGACAAGAUCAGAGAAGGAGGCAACCUCACAUUUGAGUGCCACGUGACAGGAAAUCCCACUCCCAAUGUGAGAUGGCAAACUGAGGAACUUGCCUCCCACUUCUUCACCCAGGAGAGAAUCUGGGGUUCCACAUUAGAGCUGGUACUUUACCUCACCAACGUUUCCUCCAAGGACAACCUGCACAACCUGACUUGUGAGGCGGACAACCAAGCUGGGCCCAGAGAGGGGAUGGUGCAAUUGGACAUUGAGUUUCCAGCCACAAUCCUCUUCCUGAAAGAUGCUGUGAAGCAGCACCACUGGUGUUUCCCCUUUGCUGUGGACGGUAAUCCUGACCCAAACAUCACCUGGCUGUACAAUGGCGACAUAUUCAAUGAGACCAGAUACGCGUACACCCAACUGAUCCAAGACGUAGACGACGGAUCAGUGAAACACGGCUGUCUCUUCCUGAACAAGCCGACCCACAUCAACAAUGGCAACUACACUCUGGUGGUGUACAACAGACUGGGAAGAGAUGAGGCCACUGCCAGUGGGCUUUUUAUGCACAACCCCUUUGAUCCGCUUGAUCCUGAGGGUCUCAUUCCAGUCCCUGUGGUUCCAAGUCCUACGAACAAGGCUGACAUGGACGUCACAGAGAAUCCAGAGAGUCGGGUGUUUGUGGUGUCAGUGGCUGUGGGUCUUGCUGUGUUUGCUUGCACUUUCCUGCUCAUCAUGGUUUUGGUUAUCAACAAGUGUGGCCAGCACUCCAAGUUCGGUAUUCACCGCUCAUCAGUUUUGGGGACAGAGGAUGAUCUGGCUGUGUCGCUUCGUUUCAUGAACUUUGGAACGAGCCCUCCUUCCUCAGAUGAAGACUCUGGUUUGUCCAGCUUUGUGGAGAAUCCACAGUACUUCUGCGGCAUCAUCAAGGACAAAGACAUGUGUGUCCAGCACAUUAAAAGGCAGGACAUUGUGCUAAAGUGGGAGCUGGGUGAGGGAGCGUUUGGCAAAGUCUACCUGGCAGAGUGCGCUAACCUCAGCCCCGACAGCGACAAGAUGCUGGUGGCCAUCAAGACUCUGAAGGACGCAAAUGAGUCAACUCGGCAGGACUUCCAGCGGGAGGCGGAGCUGCUGACGAUGCUCCAACACCAGCACAUUGUGCGAUUCUACGGCGUCUGUACAGAUGGCGAGCCACUGGCCAUGGUGUUUGAAUACAUGAGGCACGGAGACCUAAACCGAUUCCUUCGAGCCCACGGCCCUGAUGCUCGGAUCCUUGAGGAGUCCAAGAUGCCCCCACUGGGUCAGCUCACUUUGCCCCAGAUGCUGCACAUCGCCGCACAGAUUGCCUCAGGAAUGGUCUACCUGGCAUCGCUGCACUUUGUCCACCGCGACCUGGCCACCCGAAACUGUCUGGUAGGGGAGGGUCUGGUGGUCAAAAUCGGAGACUUUGGCAUGUCUCGAGACAUCUACAGCACAGACUACUACCGGGUGGGUGGACGCACGAUGCUGCCGAUCCGCUGGAUGCCCCCGGAGAGCAUCAUGUACAGGAAAUUCACGACAGAGAGCGACAUCUGGAGCUUCGGUGUGGUCCUCUGGGAGAUCUUCACUUACGGCAAGCAGCCCUGGUAUCAGCUGUCAAACAGUGAGGCCAUUGAAUGCAUCACACAGGGACGGGAGCUAGAGAGGCCACGUACCUGCCCCAAGGAGGUGUAUCUGCUGAUGCAGGGCUGCUGGCAGAGGGAGCCCCAGCAGAGGAUGGUCAUCAAGGACAUCCACAGCCGCCUGCUGGCCCUUGUCAAAAACCCACCGGUUUACCUGGAUAUCUUGGGCUAGAAGGGCCAACAGCCAACAGGGAGUGGAGAUCUGAGGCUGGGGAGGUUUUGAUUUGAGACUUUAGUCUAAUCAGAAUCAAAUCUUUAAACAAGCUCUCUUUUGGUUUACAGUCUGCUUUUUCUCGUAUCCAUUAAAACACCAGUAGAAAAGCUCCCAGUCCUGCCGCUUUUCCAGCCUUGAUGCUUGACGGAAAGUACAAACAGCAAACUUCCUGCUUCAACUACACCUGACUCCGCCUCGACCUCAACCCCUGUUUACUGCCCCGUCGUUCUCUGGACACCUGUCAAAUGUUUACCAAAGUGUUCAAUGUUUAUCUGAGGUGGGCUCGGCCUGACGGAGGGACAUGCAUGGAUAAGUGUUGAAGUAACAGUAUAUGGGCUUUAUGUUUGCUCGGAAUCCAAUUUCACAUGAUGGCUUGUCGGGGGAUUUUGCCUCUCAAGUCCCUGCAGAUGUUUGUGAGCUGAGCCGUGACACAUUUUAUAUGACUCUGCAGCCGACACUCGUGUUGAAAUCCAAUUAGAAAAUGAAACGGAUGAUAACAAGAGGGGACACUCUACAUCAUGAGACACAAGUGAAAACACAUUUUACUGAUUUGGGUCCAGCAGACAGUCAUUUGUAUAGUACAGUCACUGAUUUUGGACAAGUUUUGAUAUGGAAGGUUAUUUAAAGGCUUUCAGUGAAUGUAUAUAAGAUAAUCGCAACAGAAGCUUGUGUGUUUCUCAUGUGUCAAAUCCGAUUCAAAUCAUAUGAAUAUUUUUCAAAAAGAAGAAAAUGUCAAAUACUAAGCAGUGAAAGCGUUUCCUGGUGUAUUAUCUAUUGUGUUUACAUGUACUUGCUGUUUGACCUGUGGCCUGCCUGCAAGGCUCACUCAGGAGUGGCUUUUGUACAAAUUAUGUUUAACAUGCUACUGUAACGACCCUCUGAAUCAAAGCGCUGCAGUGAAAUUUGGUACGUGAGGUGGCGACACCCUUAGAUGGCUUUAGAGGCAACAGAUGGAUUAAAGUGAGACUCCAGGAGGAGAGGGACAGAUGGCACCGAAACAGAGCCUGGAGGUGAGGCCACCACCACGAAAAAAAAAAAAUCAAAGGGAGCAUCGAGGGGGUAAAAGAGCCGGUGUACAAACCACUGCGAUGCCUUUAAGUGUAAAUACUGAAUGUACAUACUCUGUAUUAAUGUCCAAAAAAAUAUAUCUACAUGUAUUGUUACUCCAGCACUUUGUAUAUUGUCUGCCCUUAAAAAUAAACAAACUUGAUUAAAAAAAAAUGGCUGCAGCACGUGCAGGAACAUC